AUUCAAUUUUUAUUUGUCGGGCAACUGCCCCAGUUACUACGGCAGAAAGACAAACUAACCACAUGUUCCACAACAAAAGCACCAAAAAAGACCAGCCAAGAAGAUGGAUGCGGUAAUAGCAAUGAAAAUCCACAAGUUUAUGACGCUAAUCUCCAUCAAAAAGCAAGUAUGAGUCAGGAACGAAGGUCGAGCAAAAAGAAAGGGUGGCUGAGCUCGGAUUUUGCAACACCCCGUAUCUCGAAUUGAUAUACCACCAACUUUGGAUAUUCCGCCUUUCCUGUCAUUCGAAAUUAUGGCUAGUACUGAAGAAUUGCAAACCUUGGUCUUGACGACCUUGGACCGCGAGAAUGUCAUUGUCGACUCCAAGGACCUGAAGACUGUUUCGGGUGGAGACCUUGACCAACUUGCAGUGCUUGGUGUUUUGAACAGCUUAAAGUCAAAGGAGAUGGUUGAUUAUUCUUCAAUUGGUCGUGAAGUGUGGACUUUGAGCAAAGAAGGUGAACAAGUUGCCGAGCAAGGAAGCCACGAAGCACGCGUGUUCGAAGCCAUUCCUGCUGGUGCUGAGGGUAUCCCCAUGAGCGAAGUUCAGGCUAUCUUGGGCAAAGCAGCAAACAUUGGUCAAGGCAAAGCUAUCAAGAACGGUUGGAUCAGAAAGGAGGGUGACAACCUGGUGCGUGCCAAGGAUUCGAUUGUGGAUCAAACAAAGAGCGACUUGCAGGAAAUCAAAAAGACGGCAACGCAUAGCAACGCAAAGACCUUGACCGAUUUGAAGAAGCGAAAGCUUGUCGAGAAGCAGAAGGUGACGACUUACAAGGUGACCAAAGGUCCCCAAUUCUCGCUUGAAAUCAAGAAGGAGGCUACGGAUAUCACUGCUGAAAUGUUGCAGAGUGGAGAAUGGAAGAAUGCCACCUUCAAAAAGUACAACUUUGACGCAGCUGGUGUCGCACCCAGCGGUGGCCAUCUUCAUCCGCUUAUGAAGGUGCGACAAGAGUUCCGUGAAAUCUUCUUUGAAAUGGGUUUCGAAGAAAUGCCCACCAACUGCUUCGCCGAAUCGAGUUUCUGGAACUUUGACGCCUUGUUCCAACCUCAACAACAUCCUGCCCGUGACGCACACGACACCUUCUUCUUAAAAGAUCCCGCAUCGACUGACCGUUUCCCCCGUGACUUGAUGGAAAAGAUCAAGGUUACCCACGAAAACGGCGGCGAUACUGGCUCAACGGGUUACAACUACGUGUGGAAGGAGGAAGAUGCCGGCAAAUUGCUGCUACGUACGCACACCACGGCUGUUUCCUCCAACAUGCUCUACAAGUUGGCCGAAAAGACCAAAAAGGAAGGCGUUUUCCGUCCUGCCAAGUACUUCUCGAUCGAUCGUGUUUUCCGUAACGAGUCUGUCGACGCUACCCAUUUGGCAGAAUUCCACCAAAUCGAAGGUGUCAUUGCUGAUAAAAACUUGACCUUGGGUGAUCUCAUUGGUUUCAUGGAUGUCUUUUUCAAAAAGAUGGGUAUGGAAAAGAUCCGUUUCAAGCCUACAUACAACCCCUACACCGAGCCUAGUAUGGAGAUUUUCUCUUACCACGAUGGUUUGAAGAAGUGGGUCGAGAUCGGUAACUCGGGCAUGUUCCGACCAGAAAUGUUGUUGCCUCUGGGUCUUCCUCCAGAUGUGCGUGUGAUUGCCUGGGGUCUUGGUUUGGAGCGACCUACGAUGAUCAAGUACAACAUCUCAAACAUCCGUGACCUCCUUGGUCACAAAGUCAAGAUCGAUAUGAUCAAGGAAUACCCCAUUUGCCGUCUGGAUAAGAAGAUGGGUAAGGAGCUGGUGGGCGUCAGCGAACAAUAGAUUUUCGUCAAGAAAAACAAAACACAUAAAGCGAGACAUAUAUAAUAUAUUAU